AUGGAGGUGAUGACACCCUCACCGGCCGUGGACUUCAACUUCGAUAGUACAUGCACAUCUCCAUACAUAAGCGCUCCAUCAAGCCCUCAAAGCCUCGGCAACUUUUUCUUCAGUGCCCCAACCAGCCCCACCGGCGCCACCGCCUUCUACAGUGAAUUCAAAAACUUCUGUGGCGGCACCACCACCAGCAGUAAUACUCUGUCUGCAAUCCCAUUCAAUUGGGAAGAAAAACCCGGAAUUCCCAAAACUGAAGGGACCGACAAUAUCAACGAUGAAAAGGAUUCAGAUUUUGCAUUUGAUUUCAGUGGACAGCCGGAGAGAACCUCUCUUUCCGCCGAUGAACUCUUCGAUGGCGGCAAGAUCAAGCCUCUGAAACCACCACCAAGGUUGCAAUAUUCUGAUAGUAGAGUUCUUGAUUCUCCGAAGACACCUCGAUCACCCAAGAAAAUGUUCAGAGAAGCUUUUUCCCCGCGACAAAAAAAGAAAGUGUUUGAUCCCUUCACAGCGGCUAUAGAACAAACACGUAGAGAACAAUGUCAAGAGCACUCACAAGAUCAACGCGGAAGAGAAAGAACUCACAAUUCAUUGAACUCUCCAUUAAGUAUCUGUGACGAAUUUUUAGUACGCGAAAACAAUCAAAAGAGCACAAAAAACACCGCUUCUUCUUCUUCAUCAUUUUCGUCUUGCUCUGCAACUUGGUACAAAAAAUGGAAGCUGAAGGACUUUUUGUUAUUCCGGAGUGCUUCAGAGGGUCGACCCACCAACAAAGACACAUUGAAGAAAUUCGCAAUGUUGAAGAAGAAUCACCAUGAAGAUGUGAAGAACUCGAGCUUUAGAUCGACAGAUAGUGUUGAUUCAGGGUCGAGCUCAAGGAGGAGAGCACCGCCAGUGUCGGCUCACGAGUUGCAUUACAAGGUGAACCGGACGGUGUCGGAGGAGAUGAGGAAGAAGACUUUCUUGCCUUACAAGCAAGGCUUGUUGGGUUGCUUGAGGUUCAAUCAUGGUGUUUGUGAGAUUUCCAAGGGGUUUGGUUCUGUGACUCGUGGAUGA